CGCCGCCAUGUUUGAAUGAAUCUGGCGGUGAGUUCAAACCCUAACUGUACUGGGUGAAUUAGAAACAUCAGGGAGCUGAAACAGGAAGAGGAAUCAGGAUCAGGAGUAGUGAGGAGUUUGGCUGUUCGAGAGAUGAUGAUGAUGUUGAGGAAGAGGAGAAGAAGGAGAAGCAGCAGCGGGGGUAAAGCCCCAGCUAGGGGCAGGAGUAGCACCAGGAGCAACAAUAUUAUAACCCCAGCUAAGGGCAGGAGCAGGAGUAUUAAUACCCCACCCAGGAGCAGCAGCAGGACCAGGAGUGUUAAUACCCCACCUAGAAGCAGCAGCAGGACCAGGAGUGUUAAUACCCCACAUAGAAGCAGCAGCAGGAGCAGAAGUGUUAAUACCCCACCCAGGAGCAGAAGCAGGAGCAGGAGUGUUAAUACUCCACCUAGGAGCAGGAGCAGGAGUGUUAAUACUCCACGCAGGAGCAGGAGUGUUAAUACUCCACCUAGGAGCAGGAGCAGGAGUGUUAAUACUCCACCUAGGAGCAGCAGUGUUAAUACAGCUGUCAGGGGCAGGAGGAGCAGUGUUAAUACCCCCUCCAGGGGCAGGAGCAGCAUUGGUAAAGCCCCAGUCAGGGGCAGAAGCAGCAGUGUUAAUACCACUGUCAGGGGCAGGAGCAGCAGUGUUAAUACGACUGUCAGGGGCAGGAGCAGCAGUGGUAAAGCCUCAGUCAGGGGCAGGAGCAGCAGUGUUAAUAUGACUGUCAGGGGCAGGAGCAGCAGUGGUAAAGCCCCAGUCAGUGGCAGGAGCAGCAUUGGUAAAGCCCCAGUCAGGGGCAGGAGCAGCAUUGGUAAAGCCCCAGUCAGGGGCAGGAGCAGCAUUGGUAAAGCCCCAGUCAGAAGAGGGAGGGGCAGAAGCGGUGUGGGGUUUGAUGAGUUUGGUUUCUCCUUCAUUAAGAGGCGAGAGAGGACACUACAGCACAGAUCCCAUGAUUACAGCUACCCUCAGCCGAAUCCAAUCAAAGUUAAAGAACUUUGUGAACUGCUCAGCUACUGGAACGGAUCCAGUUUCAUUUGCAAAAGUCAGAUCGAACGCUUUAUCCGUAUUGGGAUUCCUCCUGCUCUGCGUUGCCGUGUUUGGAAGUGUUUGCUGGACAUUGAGAAGGUCCGAGACGCCAGCAGUUUCAACUAUCAGGUGUGUCUGCGCGAGAUCCGGAAGCCCCUGGUGGACCUCAGCGUGAGCGAGUACAGCAUCAUUUCAGCCAUCAGCACGCUGGGAGAGAGAGAGAACGAGUUCGGCUCGGCCGCUGCGGAAUCUCUCGGCGUUGACGUGGCUCUCUUCAGACAGAUUGCUCUGGACCUGCAGAGGUCUUUCCCGACGCACCGCUCUCUAAUGGGAGACUCUCCUGAAGCCAUCGAGGGUCAGGCCAAGCUAUUUCGAGUGCUCACUGCAUACGCCAGUUAUAACCCUCAGAUUGGGUACAGCCAAGGGAUGUCGUACAUCGCUGCCGUCUUGCUCAUGCUUCUCGGUGAGGAGGACGCUUUUUGGGCUUUGGUGGUGCUGCUGGAAAAACCUAAAUACCUGUCUGAGCUGUUCGACUCGUCUCUGAAGAAGAUCCAACAUCAAGCACUGGUGUUUCAGCAGUUACUAAAGCACAGGAAGCCUCAAGUGUACCAGCAUUUGGAGAACCUGGGCGUGUCCUCCGUUCAUUUCAUCAUGCAGUGGUUUCUGACUCUCUUUACCUCUCUCCCAUGCUGGGACUCAGUGCUGGCAAUCUGGGAUCUCUUCCUGCUGCAUGGCAUGGUGGUGGUGUUUCGUGCUGGUUUAACCGUCCUUCAGCUGCUCGAGUCUCGUCUCAUGAGCAUGACCGAGGAGGCGGCCGUGCUGCCUGUUCUACUGCAUGUUCCUAUAGAUGUCUCUCAGUAUCGUGUCCUGAUUCCAGCUUUAUGGAGUACAGAGGUGCAGGAGUGGGAGAUAACCUGCAUGAACAGGCUCAUACUUGAGGAGACUGAUGAGGGUCAUGAUGCAGAAGAAAGCAGUAGGAACAGUCCAACAUCUCUCAGCUGUGUGGAGCAGACAGAGCACAGAGCUGAAGAGGAAAAGAAUGAAGCUCCUGGAAAAGAGGCUGUAGGUUCAGGUGGAAGGAACGUGUUUGCACGCAUGCUGAAAGCGGCGCAUCGCUACCUGGCAGACGCGAGCAAGCAGAGCGUGACCAAGUCCACGGCGUCUCCCGGUAAAAGCAGCCCGGCUGCAGCUCGUCUGCACAACAAAAGAACGUCUACUUCCUUCAGCCUGACUCGGAGAAGAAAGAGUAAACUCAGGCAAUCCCAGAAUGCAUCUGUAGCCAGAAAGGCAUCAUUUAUUGUACAGGAUGCUGAUGGAUGUACCACAGAGGACAGAUCUCCGAUUCCCCUCCGGAGGCUGAGUUCGGGUCCCGUAGGUCGAGUAGCUCGCAGACGCAGCGGUGUCCAGUCCACCCGGGUCAGAUCUCUCCUGCAUCGGAUUUCCAGAAUGAGCGAUAAUCUCACCAACCCCUCCCCUAACUCCUCCUGCUCUCGACCAGAUUGGAACGAGGCCAGCGCAGAGCAUCAGGAAUCCCCGUGCAGGAUCCUGUCUCCAGGUCGCGCUCCUCUCACCGAGAUCAUCAUCGGCUCCAGUUCAGGCAUCCAGAUACGAGAGUCUCAGCUGAUCUGAGGGACAUGGAGGAGUGGAAUCACCUCUAUAUGAGCACUACAUCCAGCCCUAAAGCUGAGGAGGCUCUAAGAUCAGCUGGAAUCACGGCCAUGGAGCGAGAAAUCACGUACAGCACUAAGAAACAAAACUGUAACAUUUAACACACUUUCAUUAGUUUUUUUCAUCUUUAUACACGCUAUAUGGAAAAAGUAUGUGGACACCUGACCUGAUAUGAUUGAUAUGCACUUCUUUUUGAACAUCCCAUUCCACAUUUAGUCCCCAUUUGCUGCUGUUAUAACCUCUACUCUUUAUGGGAAGAUGUUCCACUAAAUAUUGUGAAGAUCAAUUCUCGUUCAGAUAGAAGAGUGUUAGUGAAGACAGGUACUGAUGUAGGUGAGGUGAGGAGGCCUGAGGGGGCAGUCAGCGUUCACAAAGGUGUUUAAUAGGGUUUAAGCUGUAUAGCAGAAGAUCUUCCACUCCAGCCCAUGUAAAGUAGAUCUGCUGGCUUUGUGCACAGGGGCAUUGUCAUGCUGGAACAGGUUUUGACGUCCUGUAGGAUUGUGUCUCUCCAACUUUGUGGCUACAAUUUGGGGAAGAACCACAAAAGUCACGUGUCCCUAUACUUUUGUCCAUAUACUGUGUGAGUGUUUAUGUAUUUACAUACUUUAGUAUAUUUAUUAGCAAUAACCUUAUAAUUAUAAACACUACAUAAUAGUACACACCAAAAACAAACCAAAAGAAGUCACCUGAUUCUAAUACACAAUGUUUUUGGUCAAUUUUGGAGUUAAUUGAGAUAAUAAACGAUAAAUGAGAAUCUU